GAAUAUAUUUCCUCAGUGUUCAAUCUGUCCUAAUCCAAUCAUUAAUAAAAACUCCGUUUCACAAUGAAUUUCUUUAAAUCAUUCUUACAAAGUAAGAUUUUCUUAUUAAUUCUCUCAAUUUUCGUAUCUUACUUUCUUCUGCCUCCUUUCUUCAUUCUCGUCGCUGCACCACUUUAUAUUUACCAUCGAAUUGUGACAUUUCUCUCAAAGUGGAAAAAGGAACUCUACGAACCCUUAACUAAUGACGAUUGUAUCCACGCAACUGACGAUAUACACGGACGACCAAGUGGUUCAAUUUCUGGCGUAGUUCACCUGAAAGGCAGCCACACGUUUGACGAAUUAGUAAACAAGCUGGAAAAAGUAGCUGCCGAGUAUCCUAAAUCAAGGUGUAUAAUUACGCGAUGGAUGUCGGUCAAGUUUUGGAAAAAAUGUAAAGAUUUCAAAAUCUCAAAUCACGUCUCUCUAAACGAAGAAUCAGAUCCAGAAAAGGUUUCACAAUUUUUGACCAGUCUGAUCGAUAAAGGCUUCCCGGUCGGACAACCGCUUUGGGAGUUCAUAUCCCUGCCGAAUUAUGCGCAUGCGGAGUACGGAACUUCCUCCGCUAUAGCCAUGCGAGUUCAUCAUUCUCUGGGCGAUGGGUUAGGUUUCAUGGCGAUAAUUCGCGAUCUGUGUGACAAAGAUCCCGCCGCUGAUGAAGAAGUCGAAAAGAUGUUGAAAGCAAUAAGGAAAAAGAUGAAUUUAAAUUUCUGGAGAAGAAUUAGUUACGUUUUCCAAUUAAUAUUCAUCACCCCGGCUCAAUCGGUGUACCUUUGGCUACAAGGUAUUAACUCCCCAUGCAUCCCGCCAAGUUCAAAUCACGAUCCGAACUGUGACUCUGAUGGGACGAUAAACGUAUCAAAUUUAAUUGAUCUCACGUUGUUGAAACGUAUCUCGAAGAAGACUGGGGCCAAUGUAACGUCCGUAGUCCACGCAGGAGUGGCGGGGGCUGUUCGAAGGACAAUUCUGGAGAGGGGUGGUGACACCGAGGGAAAUGUGGUAGCUAAUUAUAUCCUUCCGAAAUUGAACCAUCCAGGAACAUUAUCGAACAAUGUGUUUCCCGUGCCUCUGUUCACCCCGAUGUCCGAACAAAAUAGGUUUCAACGACUCACGCAGAUUUCUAAGCAAUUGGAUCAGCUCUUCUGCACCCCCCUGCCGAUCGGAAUGAUGCUAUGCAUUCAUACGCUUGGACCUUUUUUUGGCCCCAUCAGACAGAUGAAGCAUAAUACUUUCACUUACAUUCACACAAAUUUCGCCUAUUUUGGCGAGCCGAUGAAAAUGUUUGGUAAUAUAUUGGAAAGGUCGGUCCUAGCUCCAGGAUUGCAGUUCAACGGAAAUCCUCUCCUUGUCGUGACUUCAAGUUACCACGGAAAAUUGGGUCUGCAACUGGUCGGAGAUAGGAAAUUUUUCCCAGACGAGGAAAGUUUGAUGCGAGUUGCGAACUAUGUUAAGGAUGAGUUUGAAUCAAUGGAUGGAUAAUUUUAGACAAAAAGAGUCAAUGUAGGCGACCCCAACUGUAACUCAAAAAACUUUGUUGUUGAAUUAUAACAAUGAAAUUCGAACCGUAUAGUUUUAACACGGAAUUAAAGUCAUGCUAAAAUAGAG